AAGACCGUUGAUGAAGAGAACAGCCAUAGUAGAAAACCGCGGUCGCCACCAACUUUGACUCAGCGAUAAAUUAGUUUACUUUAAUUGGUUCAUUCUUAUUUAAACGGCCAAAUCCUUUGUUGCAAAAUAUAAAGAUGAAAAUGAAGAACGUUGGUGUGAGUUUAUUGAUUUUUGUUUUUGUGGAAGUGAUAUGGUGUGAAGGGUGUUGGAAGGAAGAGAGAGAAGCUCUUUUGGGUCUAAAUUCCCUUUCUGAAUUCGCUUUGUCUUGGCUGUGGGAAGGCACAGAUUGUUGUGAAUGGGGAAGAGUGGAGUGCAACUCCUCCACAGGGAGAGUGGCCAAACUUAAUCUUCAAGGCCUUCGGUAUUUAAGUUACGCUAAUCUUGUUGUCUUCAAAGAUUUGAAGAGUCUCAACUUGGGGGGUAUUUAUGGGAUACUAGAUUGUGCGGACAGUGAAGGGUUGCAAAAUCUGGAAGUCCUCGACUUGACUGAGAAUGGUAUGGGUGUCACCGACAUUGUAGUUUGUGUGAAUCGCCUUCCAUCUCUCAAGAUUCUAUAUCUAUCAUCCAACGGGUUCGAUCCAACAUACAACGGGUUCGAUGAAACGUUCAAGGCUUUUGAAAGUCUGUCAUCGGAGUUGGUUAGAUUAGAGGUCCUUGACGUAAGUGAGAACUCUUUGACUAAUGACAUCUUGCCAUCUCUCGGUGGAUUCACAUCUCUCAAGGAACUCUAUCUGUCUCACAAUGAUUUGGACUCAGAUAUGCAUAUUCAAGGUUUAUGCUCUAAGUUGAAGAAUCUUGAGGUCCUUGACUUGUCUAGCAACAACUUCAAUGACACUGAUAUUGCAUCUGCUAUUAGUGAACUUUCAUCUCUCAAGUCUUUAGAUUUAGGAUACAGUCAAUUGCCUCCAACAUCCAUUCUUAGAUUAUUGACUUUAACGAGUUUGGAGAUUCUUGAUGUAAGUUAUAACCAAAUUAACAAUUUCUCCAAUGAAUUUCUUUCAUCUCUAAGUGGGCUUCAACGUCUGAAAUCCCUUGUAUUAAAAGACAAUGAAUUAGGAGGAUCGCUUGAUAUAAGUGGAUUAUUGGCGUUAACCAGUUUGGAGAGUCUUGAUCUAAGUUAUAACAAAAUUAACAGUUUUGUUGUCCAUCAAGUUACAGGCUCAAAAGGUCUAAGAAAAUUGGAAGUCCUUAAUUUAGAUAACAAUAUGAUAAAUGGAAGCAGACUCAGGGAAUCACUACAACCUUUCUCAUCUAUUAGAGUGCUUUCUAUGAUCAAAAAUGAGAUUAUAGGAAAUAUUACUGCUGGAGAUUUUCGUGAUUUAAAAAACCUUGAACACUUGGCGCUGGACUCUAGUUCUCCCCUUGACACUGAGUUUUUCAAAAGUAUUGGGGAAUUGACUUCUUUGAAAAAUUUAUCUGCUUCUAAUUGUAAGAUUAGUGGCACCCUUCCUCCAGCAGAUUGGUUUAAGCUGAAAAAUCUGGAAGAGUUAGAUCUAAGCCAAAAUUCAUUUGUUGGAUCGCUUCCUUCAUCUUUCUUGAACAUGACAUCUCUUCGGAAGUUGGAACUUUCACAAAAUAAAUUCAGUGGACAACUUGAUUCAAAUAUUGCUAGUCUUACAUCACUUGAAUAUUUUGGUUUUACACAAAACCAAUUUGAAGUUCCUCUUUCUUUUACACCAUUUGCCAACCUUUCAAACCUUAAGUUCAUAUAUGGUGACGGCAACAAAGUCAUUUUGGACUUACAACCUAGUCUGCAAACUUGGAUUCCUAAAUUUCAAUUACAAGAGCUUAGUUUGCAUUCAACAACCGAGAAUGAUUCUCUUCCGCUCCCCAGGUUUCUUUUACUUCAAAGAAGCUUGACUAAACUAGAUUUCACUAGUUGUAGAUUGGAAGGAGUGUUUCCAAACUGGUUGUUUGAAAACAACACAAAGUUGACCGAGCUUGUUGUUAGAAAUUGCUCUUUCAAAGGUGUUCUCCAGCUACCAUCACAUCCCCUUACAAGCAUGACGAAAAUUGAUGUAUCUGACAAUAAUAUAACUGGCCAAAUCCCCAAUAACAAUAUUAGUUUAAUUUUACCAAAUUUGCAAUUUCUAAACUUGUCUAGAAAUCACAUCCAAGGUUCAAUUCCUCCUGAGUUUGGGCAAAUGAGCUUAUUGGAUACUUUGGAUCUCUCAGAUAAUCUUUUAUCAGGAGAGAUUCCAAAGAACAUAUCCAGGGAUGGCUCUAAACUCAAAAUCUUGACACUUUCACACAAUGAGCUAGAUGGACCCAUAUUUCCAACUUUGAAAUACUUGGAGGAGCUGUACUUAGAUGACAAUAACCUUUAUGGAAGCAUCCCGAGUAGCUUUUUUAACUCAUCUCUCCAACGCUUGGAUCUGAGCUAUAACAAUUUAGUGGGGACACUUCAAACUGUGAUAGGAAAUAUGUCAAAUUUGCAAACACUUUCAUUGUCCAACAAUCAUCUUGAAGGGUCUAUUCCGACAAGGCUAGUGGAACUUGAAUAUCUAUCAUAUCUAGAUCUCUCAAACAACAAUUUGACAGGUUAUGUGCCAUCUUUUGCCAAUGGUUCAGUGAAUUAUAUCCAUUUGAGCAACAACAGGUUAAGUGGUUUAUCCAAAACAAUGUUCACCAACACAUCUUACAUAGUGAUGCUAGACCUUAGCUACAAUGAAAUAACUAGUGGCAUUCAAGAUUUGAUACAAGAUCUUGCUGAUACAAGGUUGAACAUACUCAUUUUGAAAGGUAACCGCUUUACAGGACAUUUACCAGAGCAGUUAUGCCAAUUGGUAGAUUUAAGUAUACUAGACCUUUCUGAUAACAAUUUUGUUGGUCCAAUACCCAAUUGCUUGGGUAAAGUGCCUUUUCAGAGUGAUGACCCUCAAGUAUUAUGGCUUGCAUUUAAUGGCUAUGUUCGUAUAGACAAUGGCAAAUACUCUAUGUUAAUACCAAAUAUAAAAGAGAAAGCAGAGUUCACUACGAAGAAAAGAUCCUACACAUAUACAACAAGCAUCCUUAUUUAUAUGUCCGGAAUUGAUUUAUCCAGCAAUAAACUAAACGGAAGUAUUCCGUCUGAGCUUGGAAACUUGACGAGAAUUCGAGCAUUUAACUUGUCUCACAAUGAUUUGAUUGGACAAAUUCCAACUACAUUCUCUAAUUUAGUAAAAGUGGAGAGUUUGGAUCUUUCUUUCAACAUGUUGAGUGGUCAAAUUCCUCCUCAACUAAAUCAGUUGAGCUCUCUUGCUGUAUUCAGUGUUGCUCAUAACAACUUAUCGGGUGAUACACCCGAGCGAAAAGGCCAAUUUAUUACCUUUGAUGAAAGCAGCUAUGAAGGAAAUUCUCUUCUUUGUGGACCUCCAUUGGUAAAAAGUUGUCAUCCUUAUGCACAAUCACCUACCAUUUCUCCAAAUGAUGAAGACAAUGACACUCCGAUUGACAUGCAUGCUUUUGGUGUAAGUUUUGUUGUGGCAUACACAUCGGUAUUGCUGGUAAUUGUUGCCACUCUCUACAUUAAUCCUUAUUGGAGACGAGCAUGGUUUUCCUAUAUGGAAUUUAUCUUCUUAAGUUGUUAUUAUUUUAUGCAAGAUAGUUGGAGGAGGUUUUCAAAUUCUAGAAAUACGUAAUAUAGUUUAUCUUUAUGCAUUGGAUUGUCUUAUUUUCUAAGAUUCAUUCAAUCAUGAGUUUCUUAUAUGUAUUGAAUCCAAGUUUUCUGUAGAAAUAUAUCUUAGUUUACUUUGUCCUUCGUUUUAUUUUUUUAUCCACCAAACUCCAAUUACUUUUUAACUUACAAAAUCCUCAUGUUGUUUCUGUAGUCGGCUUUAGUAAUUAAAUUUGUAAGUUGCAUGUUGCUGAACAUGAAUGGAAUAAGAUCGUGGGGAUUGCAGAGAGGGAAGAGAAGUGGAU